GGAAAAUUGACUCAAGACUAAAUUACUUCUAUUGCAUAGUAUAAUACCAUUAUAAAGUACAGAAGAGAAUUAGAGUAUUAAAAUCAAUUCUCUCUUCCUGCUGGUUACUUGGGUCACUAAAUUGAAUUCGCUCUAAAUUACAAAGGAUACAUUUAUGUUAACAUGUUAUAAUCUCUCCGGAAAUAUUUCCUAAUUAAGAUAAAAAAGAGACAUAAUUUUGUUCCUCAUUGGUGUAAAAAUUUUAUUAUUAUUUAAAGGAGGACCUCUUCACACAGUUAUUGUUCUCUCAUAUAUACAUACUUGGAACAAACAAAGAAAGGGUACAAAUCCCGGACAAAAAAAGGCACUUUUAUAAUAAAAUCAUCCAUCAAAGGAAUAAAAGAAAAUACUUUAAACGAGAAACAAGUUGUUAAGAGAUUAGUGGGAGGCAGCGAAAAAUAUAAAAUAAAUAUAUAAAUUUUAUCGAAAAAAAAUAGCCACGUCAAGAAACAAGCUUGUCGACAAUAAAAAACAUUUUAAUUUUUCUACAAGAAUUGAGAAAAUUUUCCAAAGGUUACAAAAUAAAAAAAAAAACAAAUAGAAUUGAAAGUAAAACAAUAAGUACAGAAACGGAAAUAAGAAACAGAAAAGGUCAGCAGUAGCUUAACUGUUCUGUCUGUUCUAUUUUUGAAAAGAGUUAUUGUUUAACAAAAACAGCAAUAAACUCGAGCAUUAAAGUAAAACAAUAGUAGCAACAACAACAACAAUGUAUUCGAUAAAAUUUGUUGUAGUAUUAGCUGCGUUUGGAUUUGUUGUUGGCUUUGCGUGCGCCUAUCCUCCAACUUAUGCUGAUGAACCAACUGCGGUCGAUGAUAGUGGUGGCAACGAUGAUGAUGGUGGUGGUUACAUAAUUCCACAGUUCAACCUUCAUUAUGCUCAACUCCAACAACAUGAACAACAUCAAAAUCAACAAGAACACAAGCAGCAGCAGCAACAACAACAAAAACAAAAAUAUCCAGAUCAAAACCCAAAUUUAACUUACUUUACAACAUCGAAAACAAGUUCAACAUCAACCUCUACAUCAUCUGGUCCCAUAUCGGCAUCAUCAGAUGCAAUAUCCGCAACGUCAACAAAACCAUCUUUACAGUCAGCCUAUGUUUAUAAGGCCGAAGUACCAAUACACAUUGAACCGGAAACCAACAAGGUUGUCAAUGCAGUUAAGUUGGCCAGUGCAACCUCAUCAACAUCAUCAUCGCCAUCAGCAACAUCCUACACAAGCAAUACGAACACAAAUUCUAACAAUAAUUCUGAAAAGGAUGAUGACUUGUCGAAGAAAAUUAUUGGUUCAAGUGUUGUAACAUCUGUAUCGGUAAUUUUGAAUGGAAAUGAACCAGAAUUCACAGAUGCAUUAGGACAAAAAGUACCUAAACCACAACCAUCACUACAAGUUGCUAGCCCUAUUGAUCUCCUCAAUCCCGAUCGGUAUGAAUUCUAUACCUUCGAUGAACAUGGUGAAUUGGUAAAACGUCUUAUGACUAUGGAAGAAAUCCAAAGUAUUGUUGCAAACGGAGAUGGUGAAGGGCCAACAAUUAUACACCAUGGCCCCAUUGAGGAUCGGGACCCGGAGAAAAAUGUUCAAGAUAUCGUCAAUAGUGUACAAAGUGUUCUUAACAAGGAAGUCGAAUCUAAUAAAAAUUCAAGCACAGAUAGUUUACCGGUUUUCGAUACGCCUGAUGUGUCAUCAUCUUGGUCUAUGAUAUUACCUGCCAUUUUUGGUAACACCGGUGGUGUUGAUAUAUUUCCGCAACAGAAACCUCAACAAAUUGUCAUGACUCCAGAUACUGAAAUUAUCGAAACUUCAACAAAGGAAGCAGCUACCACAACUACCAAGAAGCCUAAACCCAGUAAAAGGAAACCAGGACAAAAACGCAAACCAACAACCUCAACUACUGAAAUGACACCUCAAGUAAUACAAGAAGAACUUGAUUCUCAAGAAUCGGUUUAUACUGGUAUGCAACAGUAUCAAAAUCUUGCGGCAACUAUGCAAAACUAUGAUGGUUUUUCACAAUUGCAUAUGCAACCUAUCUAUCACAAACUUCCAGAAAUAGAAACUUCAACACGACGAGUAUUCAUAAACAAUCAGGAAGUAGUAAAGAAACCGGAUACUAUCGUUGAGAAUGACGAAGUUAUACUAAAUGAAAAUUUGGCUAAAAAACCAGUAUCUGUACAACACAAACCAUUACCACCACAUCGUAUUAAGAAGCCAAAUGGGGGUCAUACAACUACAAAACGUCCACAAGUGAACAAACAAAAAAUUAAGAGAAAACCAACAACAACCACGACUACAACAACACCAUUACCAACAACAACAACCACCACUACAACACCUGAACCUACAACAACAACAACUACUACAACACCUGCACCUACAACAACAACUACUACUACUACAACUCCUGCGCCAACUACGACAACAACCACAACUACAACUCCUGCACCAACUACAACUCCUGCACCAACUACAACUCCUGCACCAACUACAACUCCUGCACCAACUACAACUCCUGCCCCCACUACAACUCCAGUUCCUACAACAACUUCACCUCCUUCUUCCACAUCUACUACAGCCCCAUCAACAACAACCACUGUUGCACCAUCAACUACUAAAGCGCCCAAGAAAAAGAAGAAGAAGCCUACUCGCCAUCCAGUUCACUCAACCAGCACAACUCCAGAUAAACCCCAUUUGGUUGGGGAAAAACGGAAACCUUCCCCCAAACCUCACAGGCCAAGGCCAAAACCAGCACAGCAGCAUACUAAAUAUCCUCACGUCACAACAUCUUCCGAUUUAGCUGCUGAAGGAUCCGCUCAUCAAGAAGUCACACACAAUAAAUUCCAACAUGUGACAUAUCACAGACCACGUCCUAAACCAAAUAAACCAACUACUACUACAAGCACCACCACCACGACUACUACCACAACAACAACGACUACACCUGUUCCGGAGCCAUCGACCACCGUCGUUUUUGCACCUAUCCCAAUAACAUCAACUAAUAGCCCAAUUGAUAUGUCACUAAUUGUACAAGAUUUCUCCGGUUAUCAACCAACUCUAAAUAAUUAUGGAGAAGAAAUUCUAACUACAAGAAUAACAACCACUAAACCUGAAUUAGCAACGUCUGCCAAUAUACCAUCCACUUCUGGAACCUCGGGUUAUCCUGUACCAUCUUACGGUAUAUCAACUGACGAUUCAGAAGACUUUAGCUUUAAUCAGUUCAAAAAACAACCGCUACCAGCGUUUGCACUAACGCAACAUGGAUCCAAGCCUUACGAACAGGAUGCACAUACUUUACAAUCAUUUGAUCAAAUAAUGCAAACACUGAAGCAACCCGAUCAAAUGGCCGAAAAGAUAGGAGAAGACAUUUCAAUUUCUUCAGAUAAUCCUAACUUAAAGCCUGAUAAAUAUGAUAACAGUGAAAAUGAAAACAAAAAGGGAGAAAUGGCUAACAAGCAUAUGAUUACCAUUGAUAAUUCUAUGAAGCCGAAACCAUCAUCUACGUCAAAACCUUCUAAUGAACAAUAUGGAGACAGCGCUCUCGCUACAACAUUGCUAAAUUUUGAAUCGACUACUGAUGUGCAUGGUUCCGAAGAAACUACGAUAAAAUAUGAAAACAAGAAAACUGAUCGUCCCGCAUCAUAUGUAACAACUAAGAUGCCUGAAGAAUUUACCACAAACAUGUCAACCGAAAAGGAUGCAAGUGAUGAUAAUGAAACUACUGAACUUCCCAGCUAUACAGCAUUUACUGAUGCCAUCAAAGAAUCAACUAUUAACACAGAAAUUCCAGAAACCACGAAUACCUUAGCUGAAAAACAAGUGGAACAUACAACAGCAUAUCCCAAGAUACAACAAGAUGAAAUUCACCACCAAGAAUAUGAAACAUCUGCUUAUGGCUCGACAACAAAAAUAACCGAGCAAUCAACAUUUACGUAUGGAGAAGAAAAUACUGAGGAUGAAAACCAAACGACAGAAAACUACACUGACCAUCUCAAUUCAGAAACUAGACUUCCUGUGAUUAUGCCACAUAAUGUAGAAACUAUGAGCAAUGAUGAAAAGGACGUUAGUCGUCCUGUAUUAGUAGCUGAUCUUAAACCUCAACUCAACAUGGAAGUAAUCAAACCAUCUGAACAAAUAACAAUGUCCGAUUUCCAAACUCAAGCCGCAACUGUGGCUUCAACACUAGUUGACGGUACCAACACCGUAGCAUCCGAUUACAGCAUGAUGAACUCUAAUGAGACAAAAGAUGAAAUUGCAUUCCUAAUGUCGGAUGUUAUUAAACAAAUAUCGAACUCCAAUGAUAUUUCUAACACUCAACAAACUAAUUCUAAUGACAACCGUUAUUCAAAUCAAGCUCAACUCGAUUUAUCAUUCCUCAUGAAACCCACUAAAGAGGUAGCACAAAAUCCCAGUUCCAUUUCAGCCAAUAUGGAUGGUGACUACAAACAAGAUUAUAAACCAAUUUAUGAACGAUUUGAAACCACACAUACCAUUAAUCAUGGAAAUUAUAAUGUACAAGACGAUUCUACUACACAUUCCAUUACAACACAACUUCCCGAUGCAACCACUGUUAAAGAUAUACAAAAUGAAGAAUUUGGUACCGACUCUGUAGAAAAAACCACUCAAAGCUACUCAACAGAAACUGAAGAAGAAACAAAUACAAAUAUGGAUACAACCAAGGUUGAACAUUUAAUGUCUACAACAACCGCCUCAGAUACACUAGAAGAUUAUACCACAACAACUGUGCAUAAAAACAAUGAAGAACACGACGCGACAACUGAAUCUCAUACUGAAAGCGUUGACAAUGCAAACAAUGAGAAACUACACCACAAAGAAGAAGAUAAUAGCAACGACAGCACCUCCACUAUUGCUUCUGAAGAAGAUUUUACAACUUCCCAAACUCUAACUGAAUCUAAUGAAGAAACUACAUCCAAAAUCCCUAUUCCAUCCCUUCCAGAAAUAUAUGCUCAACAACAACAGAAUUUUGAAGUCGAAAGGGAACCAUUAUUUGAAGCCGAUAGCCCUGUAGAUACAACAACUCUUAUAAACGUAUUGUCUGAGGAAACAACAUUUUCUUCUAGUGAGGAAAAUCAGAGUAAUAUUUCUGAUAAAAAAGAAAUACCGAAUAAAUCAUAUGAGAGCAUUAUCGCAAAUAAUAGUGUUACCGAGAGUUCGGAAUAUGAUUUGAAAUCUGAAACUACUACAAUAAAGGACUAUUUAAGCGAAGAUGUUCGAGUGACCACUGAAUUAUCCAACGAAACAAGUGAAGAAGAUAAAAUGAUUUCAAGCGAAAUGGAAACAACAACAAUUAAAGAUGAAUCUUCCGAAUACACUAAUAUCGGACAACAAACAACAAAUGCUUUUGAAUCAACAACAGCUACAAAUGAAAUCACCACAACAUUCAUAGAGCAUAAUGAAUCAGAAACAACUGAGGAGACUGAAGAGAAUGCAGCUGCUGAAUCACAUGUCAAUGUCAUUGAUAACGUAACUGAAAAUCUAACUCAUAAAGAGAAAAUUCUGGAGGAACUCACAGACUCUUUAGAAACCACCACUCAAGUAACAACUUCUAAAGAAUCGGAAGCUGAUGAAGCUACUACAGUUAAAGCAGAUGAAAUUUUCAAUACUGAAGAAACUAAUACCGCUGCAUAUCAAAUGAGUGAAGAAACUUCUGCUGAGCUAAAUUCCAUGAUCUCCGAAGAAGAUGAAACUGAUGAAUCUAUUGAUGAGGACCCCUAUAUAAAACUAGGUGAAACGACAACCACUCAAAAACCUGAACUAUCUUUGGACGUUGAAACUCAAACAUCUGUCGAAAAAAUAGUUUCUGAUAAAAUACCUAGUCUUGAACAGGAUAUGCCUAUGUUAGCACCACCAAAACCAAUUCAUUCAAUAAUUGAAAAUGAUGUUCCUACAGGAACUCAAUCAAGUAUGUUAAUACAAAAUUAUGGUCAACCAUACGAAGAAGCUGACGAAGAGGAUGAGGAUGAUCAAAUUGGUUACCAAGUUCCCAAACUACCAAAUCCCGUAUCAAGUACCACUACGUCCAGAACGACUACAACAUCUAGUACAACAACCACUCACAAACCAAAAGUUACAACAACCCGACGUUUGAAUACGCUUAAGCCAGUCUCAUACUUCAACAAACAACCAGCGUACGCUUUGUAUCACGAACCAGUCGAACCGCUCUACAAUAAACCUUCCUUGCAGUCAUCGUACACACAGCAAAAAGAAAAUACACCUCAUAAAGUUACCACCUAUACCAUACCAACACCUCAACAACGUCCUAUGCAGAGACCUCCUCAACUGAGCAACUUAAUGAUAUCUUCCACACAGGCCACAAGACCACCAGUCAAACUGGACCCAUCACCCAGUAAUUCAAAGGGUCUGGAAGCAUCCCUGGCAAAUUUGGAUGAAGAUAUUUUAGCAUUUGCAAAGCUCUGUAAUGAAUUGGCUUUCAGUUAUUGGAAAUCGAUAACAUCAGAAAAAAUUAGCUCUGCCAGAAGUUUGGUCAUGUCUCCUUUCGCUUUAACUUCCAUGCUUUCAAUGGUAUUCCUAGGGGCUCGUGGCAGUACUUCAGGUGAAAUGAAUGACGUACUUAAGCUCGACGAUAUGGUAACAUUCAACCCUCACUUAGUUUUUAAAAAUAUUACCGAUUCUGUUGAGAAGGCCAUGGAUAGUGACAUUGCUACAACAGCAUUUGUACGAGAAAUUUUCAGUGAUCGUGCUAAUGGUAAAAUUUUGCAAUUCUUUAAAGAAAAAACGCAACAAUUGUAUGCCGGCCAUGUUGAGGAAGUAAAUUUCCAUGUCGUUAACGACAUCAUUCGGAGACGUACAAAUCUAUUAGUGAAGCGCCACACAAUGGGCAAAGUCCUCGAAUAUUUGCGAACUAACAGUGUAUGGGUAAAUGGUCCAUUGGCUACGAUCUCUGCAAAUCUCUUCCAAACUGAUUGUUCACAUGGAUCUACACAAGAUAAGGAUGGGGAAAUAUUCUUCCAAGUACAUCCAACGGUCCGACAAAGACGCCUAGUUCCUAUUCCUGCAGUACUUUUUAAGAGCGGCUUUACUGCUGGUUAUGAACCCAAUUUAGAUGCCACUGUUGUGGCCUUUGGACGUAUACAGGACACCACUAGCAUGAUUUAUGUUAUGCCUGGACAUCUAAGUUCUAUAUCACCAUCCGAUAACUUGGACCGCCUUGAAAAACAGUUGAUGGAAACGGCUAUUUCAAAGAAUGCCUGGAGUAACUUACUCACCUCGCUAAUGGAUCGCCCCGGCAUGGAAGUACAACUACCAAGAUUUUCACAUCGAUCAUUUGUAAAUGCCACAUUAGGCCUACAAAAAAUGGGACUAAAGGGUCUCUUCAAGUCCGACUAUGCCGAUUUAGGAGGCUUAACGGGUUCAUCCAAUCGUGACAUUUAUCUCUCUGACAUGAUUCAAAUAAAUACUUUCAGUACAUGUGGCGAAGAAAAAAUAGCUGAUCACCAUCACGUGGAAAUGUAUCCGGCUCCACCAUUGCGCAAACGCAAUAAAGAUGUUGAUGCCCAUGAUGAUGACGAACAGGACUCUUCAGAGGCAAUUAUCGACUUUGGUUCAUUAGUUCAAGAUUCUGUUUUAGGUCGCGGUUUUUAUGAUGAUUUAUUGGAUCCCAAAUAUCUGGAACUUCCACUGCCUUUAAGGCCACGACAAGCACGCGUCCCCGAUGCUCCUAGAUUACGGUUUGACAAACCAUUCCUCUAUUUUGUCCGUCACAAUCCAACAGGCAUGAUACUAUUCAUGGGUCGCUUCAAUCCGAGAUUAUUGCCAUGAGCCGUAGUAAUUGACUACAAAACUAAAUGUAAGCCAAACGUGUAAUACUUGUUAUUAAAAAUUAUAGUAAAAUUCUGUAUUGCUUCUUAGUUACGAAUUCUUUUUAAUCUCUUGUGGUCAAAAAAAUACUAAAAACAUACUUUAGUAGUAAAUAUAAAAAAAACUAAAUAUUUAUUUAAGUUUGUAGUUGUAUAUUUUGAUAUUUACUCAUGUCACGUAUACAAGAUAUUCAUAUGCAUACAUAAAUAUAAUUAUUUAUGUUUAAAACAAUACUAUUUUUAUCAACAUUAUUAUUAUAUUAUUAUUACUAUUAUAAUUUCCUACUUUUAUUAUUAUUAUUUUAUUUUAUAAAUGCUUUACCUUAAUCACGAGUCAUACAAAGGUGUUAAAGUGCCUGAGUCUGUGUGGGAAUAAACGAACGCAUACUCCGGCAUUAUUCCUACUUAUUUUUUGAUGGAUUUUGUAAUUUGUUGCACGAGUAUACAAAUGACUGACAUCGCUUGUUGAUUCAAGAUUGACGUAUUGCAUGCAGUACUUUCAUUCAACAUACGAAUACAUACACUAACUGUAAUCACGCAUAUUUACAUACAUUUGUAUAUGCAUUUGCAUGUAUACAUACAUACAUACAUAUAUAUAAAUGUAUGUAUGUAUAAAAGGAUACACAUUUAAAUUGAAUUUAUCCUUUUUUACGAAUACAUUGAACGUAUCAUUUUAAUUUUCAUUAUUAAUUUAUCUAUAUGUAGGUAUGUAGUAUCCCAUAUACAUAUGUAUAUGAGAUACUAUUUAUUUGUUUGCGUACGUAUGUAGUUUGUUUAAUGAUCGAUUUUUUGUUUUAAUUUAAUACUUUUUUACAUUUGUAAUGUAUACAGUACAAGUAUACAAACGAAUAAUUAUUUAUAUACAUACAUAAAUACAUACAUAUACAUAUGUAUCUGUAUUUUUAUAUACUUUUAUAUACGUAUUUGUUAAAUAA